AGAUCACUUUGGGAUAAAAGUUGCAGCAGCAGUAGCAGCAGCAGCAGACAUGAAAAUCUGCAACGAACCAGUGCAACAGUUUGGAAAAUUUAAUUUGUGACUGCAGCAGAGUGACACGCUUCUGCGCUGUUGGUGGAAAGAAGACUCAGAAGAGGAUUUGCUGACAGGUGCACCUGCUAAAUGAAGAGCAGGACGUAAAUUCAUGUCGGGACAGUUUUCAAACUGAGGAUCAACUGCACUGAACCGAACCGAACAGCAAAAUGACUGCAGCCACAAAGCUUCUGGAUGAGAUGUGCCACCUGACGGCUCAGUCUCUGACAGCAAUGGACACAUCAGAUCACUUCAGGGUCCUAAAGCUGCUGGGUGAAGGCUCGUAUGGGAAAGUCAUGCUGGCUGUGCACAGAAAGAGAGGUACUCCCAUGGCUCUGAAGUUCUUCCCUCGCGAGUCUACGUCUCUCUUCUCUUUCCUGAGGGAGUAUAACCUCUCUCUGUCCUUCUGCACCCAUCCAUCCCUGACCAGAGCUCUGGGAAUCGCCUACUCCACCCCUUCACACUACGUCUUCGCUCAGCAGGCCAGCCUCUUUGGUGAUCUCUACGAUGUCAUCAUUCCUGAGGUGGGUAUGGAGGAGGACUGCUGUCAGCGGGUGGUGUCCCAGCUGUGUGGCGCUCUGUCCCACCUACACUCCCUUGGUUUUGUCCACAGAGACCUCAAACCAGAGAACGUGUUCUUGUGCGACUCUGCCUGCCGAUGGGUCAAACUGGGAGACUUCGGCAUGGUGAAGGCCAGAGGAACCAGGGUGCCGGAGGUCUGGUACAGUUCUCCUUACUGCACCCCUGAGGCUGAGAUCGCUCGAGGAAAUGAGGACAGCUGGAGCAGUGUGAAUGACGGGGAGGAUGGCUUUACAGGAGAUGAAGAGAAGAAGAAAGCGAGAGUCUGGGUGUCAGUGGAGCCCAGCACAGACAGCUGGGCGCUGGGCAUCCUGACGUACGCCAUGCUCACCGGCAGCCACCCCUGGGCUGAAACAGUCAACGACUGCCGCUCAUACCUGAAAUAUCGAGAAUGGUUUGACAGAGUUAGAAACCCCGACGAUGAACUGGAUGUGUGGACAGAACCACAGACAGAAAGCAUGGAGGAGGCCACAGAUUUAAAUGAAGGACUGGGUAAGAAGGACCACCCUCCCAUUGCACCCCAGUUUGCUUGUUUCACCCAGCUGGCCCACUCCUUCUUCCAGUCACUCCUCGACCCGAGGCCGAGGCUCCGUGGACGACCUGAGGAUGCGUUGAGUUACCUCGGAGGAGACUGGAUGAUGGAGAAAGAGCGGGUGAGGCUGGAGGAGGAGAGGAAGAAGAGUAGAGGGAAAAGUGCUAUCAGAAACGUGAAAGAGAUGGAGGGGAGAGGGGAGCGAAGGCAAAUAAAUGAAUAUUUACUCCAGGUGAAGGCCAGAGGAACCAGGGUGCCGGAGGUCUGGUACAGUUCUCCUUACUGCACCCCUGAGGCUGAGAUCGCUCGAGGGAAUGAGGACAGCUGGAGCAGUGUGAAUGACGGGGAGGAUGGCUUUACAGGAGAUGAAGAGAAGAAGAAAGCGAGAGUCUGGGUGUCAGUGGAGCCCAGCACAGACAGCUGGGCGCUGGGCAUCCUGACGUACGCCAUGCUCACCGGCAGCCACCCCUGGGCUGAAACAGUCAACGACUGCCGCUCAUACCUGAAAUAUCGAGAAUGGUUUGACAGAGUUAGAAACCCCGACGACGAACUGGAUGUGUGGACAGAACCACAGACAGAAAGCAUGGAGGAGGCCACAGAUUUAAAUGAAGGACUGGGUAAGAAGGACCACCCUCCCAUUGCACCCCAGUUUGCUUGUUUCACCCAGCUGGCCCACUCCUUCUUCCAGUCACUCCUCGACCCGAGGCCGAGGCUCCGUGGACGACCUGAGGAUGCGUUGAGUUACCUCGGAGGAGACUGGAUGAUGGAGAAAGAGCGGGUGAGGCUGGAGGAGGAGAGGAAGAAGAGUAGAGGGAAAAGUGCUAUCAGAAACGUGAAAGAGAUGGAGGGGAGAGGGGAGCGAUAAACGAAGACUGUUCAUCAGAAUGAUGAAGAAAGAGACAACAAUAAUGUAGUCGUAGUCUGUUGACUACUGGUGAACUUUGUGAUGAACAACCAUCACAUCAGCUUUGUACAGUGUUCAACAGAAGUGUGAAAUCUGUGUAAUAUCACUUUGAAGUCAUGAUUUUAAAUUGUAUAAUCUCUCAAUAACUAUGUUAAACAAAACAAAUACUUUAAAAAGACUGUAUUAAAAAUACA